CCCGAGUUUGUGCUGGGCCACGAACGGGAGCAGGGCCCUUUGCUGGCCUCGCCCCCCGCAGCACAGCAGGAGCUCGGGGCCAUCUCGGGCCCUGCGGACCGGGCCGUGGGCUGGGCGGCCGCUGCCGUGGGUCAGCUCUGCAGCGGGGCUGUAUUUACACACCGUGUGCGGCUCUGUGCCCGCCGGGUCAUUGAGAACACUUCUGGAGUAACCUUAUUCUGAAUUGCUUGAAAUGGGAGGAAGAACUUCUGCUAAUGCUGCUGGAAUAGGGAGACAGGGACUGACUCCUAUGGAGAAGAAGCUGGCUGAAUACAAAUGUAACACAAAUGAAGCAAUACAGCUCAAACUAGUUCGCUUUCCUGAGGAUUUGGAGGAUGAGAACACAACUUUUAAUCCAGAGUACAGCCAUCAAGUGUUUGGUGAUGAUGAAGUUGCCUUUGGCUACAAGGGACUGAAGAUUCUCUUAUACUAUAUUGCUGGUAACCUGUCAACUCUCUUCCGCAUUGAAUAUACAUCUAAAGUUAAUGAGAAGUUUGACUGUGUGGAGGCAGAUGAUGUCGAAAGUAAAAUUAGAGAAAUUAUUCCUCCUGGCUUUUGUACAAACACAGACGACUUUGUCUCUCUGUUGGAAAAGGAGGUCAACUUUAAGCCCUUCGGAAUGCUGCUACACACAUAUUCUGUUCAUAAUGAGGAAGCUGGUGAAGACAUUACAUAUCAGAUAUAUAAGGCUGACAUGACGUGUCCAGGCUUUCGAGAAUAUCAUGAAAGGCUUCAGACAUUCUUGAUGUGGUUUAUUGAAACUGCUAGCUUUAUUGAUGUAGAUGAUGAAAGAUGGAACUACUUUAUAGUAUUUGAGAAGUAUAAUAAGGAUGGAGCUACGCUCUUUGCGACCGUAGGCUACAUGACAGUCUAUAAUUACUAUGUGUACCCAGACAAAACCCGGCCACGUGUAAGCCAGAUGCUGAUCUUGCCACCGUUCCAAGGAGAAGGCCAUGGUGCUCAGCUUCUUGAAACAGUUCAUAGAUACUAUAUGUCUUCUCCUACAGUACUUGAUAUUACAGCUGAAGAUCCAUCUGAAAACUACAUAAAGCUAAGAGACUUUGUUCUUGUAAAGCUCUGUCAAGACUUGCCUUGCUUUUCCCCAGGAAAGUUAAUGCAAGGCUUCAGCCAAGAAAUGGUAAUGGAAGCUCAACAGAAGCUGAAAAUAAAUAAGCAACACACAAGGCGAGUUUAUGAAAUCCUCCGAUUGCGUGCAACAGAUAUGGGUGAUGCAGAACAAUCCAGAAGCUACCGGUUGGAUGUUAAAAGAAGGCUGAUUGGCCCCUAUAAGAAAAAGCAGAGAGAACUUGCCAAGAUGAGAAGAUGCUUAAGACCAGAGGAGCUGACAAAUCAGUUGAACCAAAUAGACCUAAACAUGCAACACGAACAGUUAGAAGAGAGCUUCCAGCAACUCGUUUCAGAUUACCGAAGAGUCCUAGAACGACUUGCGCAAGCGUGAGGAUCUGACCUGUACAGGAAACCUACAGAUUUCUACACAGUGUUAUGAAGCACAUCCUUAAUUGCCACUUAACUGCAAAAACAAAACCUUGUGACGUUUUAAUCACAUUAAGGGUGAAUUGUGUUUCUGUGCAUUUUGAAUAUUUUCUAUUUUUGUGUUGUAGAUUUAAAAUGUUGUUCUUCAAGUUCGGGAGCACUUACUGCUGAAAUAAACUGUAGAUUCUCAGACACAAAAACACAUAAAUUGUUUGAAUUUUUUAACCUUUCUGUUUUGCCUCGGGUCUUAAUAGGUAACUGAACAGCAAGUUAAUACAUGAAUGUAUAUAUUGA